AUGUCACAAUCACACGCCUUGUCGGACGACCAGGUGUCGCAGGAGCUGAAGAAGAUGACGGCGUUCAUCAAGCAGGAAGCGAUGGAGAAAGCCCGCGAGAUCGAGAUCAAGGCGGACGAGGAGUUCGCCAUAGAGAAGUCCAAGCUGGUGCGGCAGGAGACGGCCGCCAUCGACACCACGUACGAGAAGAAGUUCAAGCAGGCCCAGAUGUCCCAGCAGAUCACCCGCUCCACCGUCGCCAACAAGACCCGGCUGAAGGUGCUGAGCGCCCGCCAGGAGCUGCUCGAUAGCAUCUUCGAGCAGGCGCAGAAGAAGCUGGGCGAGGCCACCAAGGACAAGGGCAAGUACGAGACCAUCCUCAAGAACCUGAUGCUGGAGGGCUUCUACGCCCUGAGCGAGCCGAAGCUGCAGGUCCGCGCGCGCAAGGCCGAUUACGAUUUGGUGAAGAAGGCCAUCGAGAAGGCGUCCAAGGAGUAUAAGGAGAAGACCGGGAAGCCUGUCGAGGCUACCAUUGACGAGGCGAAUCCGCUGCCGGAGGGCAGUGCUGGUGGCCUCUCAAUCGUCGGUGGGGGUGGGAAGAUCGAGAUUAACAACACUUUCGAGGAGCGUAUUAAGCUGCUACAAGAUAACGCGUUACCCUCCAUAAGAACGGCUUUGUUUGGCAAGAACGAGAACAGGAAGUUCUAUGACUAG